AUGGCGGACCGUAACAUCCCUGCGAAGAUGAACCACCUCUGCUGUCAAAUUUGCAGAAAGCUUCUCAGGAAUCCUGUGAUGAUUCCUUGCGGACACAACUUUUGCAUGCACUGCAUCCAGGACCAAUGGGAUUGUGACCAGCUAAGGAACAGUCUCUGCAGGUGCCCCGAAUGUAAAUAUGAGUUUCCAUCCAGACCUCAGCUGAUCAAGAACGCCACUCUAGCUGAGGUGGUGAGAGAGACAGAAAUGAGUUGUAAUAAGGAGCAGCAGUCCUCAGAAGGGAAUCGGAGAGUCCUGAAGAGACCCCGGAGCUGUGCAGAAACAUCAGAGAGCACUUUGUGUGGGAAACACGACAAGCCCCUGGAGGUUUACUGCUGCACAGAUGAGCAGAUCAUAUGUGCACAGUGUGCUUCAGCUGAGCAUGGAGGACACAGGAUCGGGUGGGUGAAGGAGGAACGGAGGCGGAAGGAGAAGGAACUUAAGGACAUGCAGACAAAGUUCAAGCAGACUCUUCAGAAGCAAGAAAGAAAAAGAGAGAUGAUGGGGGAGAUGCUCGGACAGAUUCAGGACGAGGCGAGAAAAACAGAAGCCUUCUGUGAAAGCGUCAUAGUGGGCGCCAUCGACUCCCUUCAGAAACAUUACCUGUCAGUGAAGGAAGUGAUUGCAGCUCAGGAGGAGGCGGCUGCAGCUCAGGUUCGCAUCUCGCUGAAGAGCCUGGAGGAGGAGAUGAAGCAGAUGAAGAAGAGGGAUGCUAAGCUGGACCGCCUGGCACAGACUGAGAGCAACAUCCGUUUCCUGCAGAAAUGGCCCUCUCUGAAGCUCCUCUGUGACCACUCGUUCCCGGAGCUUUCAGAGGAUCCACUCCUCCACUUUGAGCUCACAAAGAGAGCCGUUGAGCAUCUUGGGAAGCAACUCGAGGAAUUCUGUGACAAAGAAUUUGCCUCAAUCUGUAACACUGCUGAUGGUGAGGAGCAGCAGGAAUCAGCAUCAGAGAUGGAGGAAGAUGAUGUCCAGCGAAGAAGUGAAGCCAGUGUCUCACAGCCCCAUGCUAGCAGGCCUCUGGCUAAACAGAAAGUGGAGCCUAAAACCAGAGAAGAGUUCCUGCAAUAUGCGUGUGAGCUCUCUCUGGACCCCACGACAGGUCAUGAGGACCUGGUUAUUUUGGAAGGAGAGAAGAUGGUUAAGCUGUGCAAUGAGAGGUCCAAGAAUCCUUGUCUUCGUAACCCAGAGAGGUUUAUACAUCGGCGGCAGGUGCUGUGCAGGGAGGGACUGCAAGCUGACUGCUACUAUGAGGUAGAGGUGAAAGGAGACAAAGCAGAGAUCGCUCUAACCUACAAAGGAAUAGACAGAAAAUCCCGCACUACACUGUCAGCCUUUGGGGCCAAUGCAAAUUCCUGGAGUCUGGAUCUAUCUAAACAUUACUCUGUGAGCCACAAUUCUGACAGCAUCCAGCUCACUACACCACCCCGUCAUCACAGGGUUGGAAUUUAUCUUAAAUUUCAAACCGGAACUUUGUCUUUCUAUGAGGUGUCGGACAGUAUGAACUUCCUGUACAAGGUUGAAGCCAAGUUCAGAGAGCCGCUGUAUCCCGGAUUCUGGCUCGGAGAGAAAUGUUGCAUCAGGAUCUGUGAUCUGAGACAGAGCCAACUGUAAAAGUACCAAAGAGGACUGCAAACAGCUUCUUUCUACUUAAAGGGAAAUUAAAAAUAAUAUGAAUAGAUUGCUGUAUAGAUUGCACAGUGCACUGACAUGUCUGUUUCCUAUGAUGUGUGGGGUGGUUGAUAACUCUGCAGUAUAUGAAGCCCAAAUUGCCUAUAUGUGUAAGUUUGUAUAAAUUCAAUAGUAUCAAAUUGCAUUUUUAUUCAUGCUGGACACGUUUUACUGUGGACAGAGUGCUGAAUGUAGAAGAAUGCCUUGUUUCUACGUAACCUCCGA